AGCAGCUCAGACUUGCAGUUUAUCAGCAAGAGAGAAGACGCGAAAGAUGUCCAUCGUGAAAACCACCGUGAAUCUCCAGAGGAUUGACUGGCUGCUGCCGAAAGGUGCAGUCAGUGUGCGGAUCGCCCCGGAAUACAUCCCCGGUCCAGUUGGCCGAGGACAAACCAGUUCCAGUGAUGCUGGCCGUCGGAAGAAGUGCCGCACCAGGCCGCCGGCAGCCAGCUCCCUGACCACGUCUGCCUCUCCUGGAUCUGCUGCCAUCCCGGUGGCAACCAGCAGGGGUCAGCAGGGCACAGGCCGCCGUAGAAAAACGGCGGGAGGCCGGUCAGGGCGAAGAAGGAGCCGGUCCGAUGUCGCCCAACAACUGCUGCUUGAAGCUCCUGAUCCUCGGUGGGACAUCGGCGAUGUGCUGGGAGCCUUGGAACGCGCUAAGGAUCGUCGCACCUUUUCCUGCAUUUGGAGCUGUUUCACUCCCUAGUUCUGCGACUUAACAGACUUUAGGCCGCCCUUUCUUUCUGUUUGGGACUGAUACAGAGGGACAGCCUGUAUUCUGUUACUCAUUGUUUGCACUCUUCAUAGUUUUCAACACUCAGAUUCUUGGUUAGAUUGUGGUAUUUUCUGGGAGGCUGAGCAGUGGCUGCCUCGAUUGAUCUGGCUGACUAAGAUUUGAUUGGUCUGGGGUGGUGGUGUUCACACUUUCACCUUGUGCAGUAUAUUUGUGUGGGGAUCAGUGUGGUGGAGCACAGGUGUGUGUGUGCGUGUGUGUGUGUGCGUGUGUGUGUGUGUGUGUGUGUGUCUGUGUGUGUGUGUCUGUGUGUGUGUGUGUUAGUUUAGGGGACUCUAUUCCCCCUUUUGAUCAACUUCCCCGGACACCUGUCUCUUGCUUGGGUUUAGUCAGCCGGUGGCCAAAGGCUGGUUGCUAGUUUAUUUUUUAAGGUUGUUGAUGCUAAAGCGCUUGUCUUGUUUCUUUGUUUUAUAUUUUCAACAACCUGUUAAUAGUACAAACACGUCUCCAGCUCCAUUCGGUAAAUGAACUUGUGUGCUCUUAAUUUAGAGUAAUUUUUCCUGUGGUGAAAUUCCCCAGGUGGUGUAGUCGUGUCCUUGUACUACUGACCGCUCUCUGCCACAAACACUUUACUCUGAACCUAACCCUAAUCCUAAACCUAACCAUAGCCCCAAACGUCAUGUCCUGCCACCUCCCUGACGUGGCUCUAAUAAGCCAUGCCUGCUGCUCAUUGGUCUCGUGUCUCGUUCCAUCCCUCAUGUUAAACACUCCCAGCUACUUCCAGUCUGUUCCCUUGUUAUUCCUGUAUAAGUGCUUCCUGGCCCUGUGUUCGCCAUUGAUGUGGUGCCCUCCAUGUUGCUUGUUCCCUAGCCUCCCAUCUUGAUCCCAGUAAAUCCCAGUUUAUUGUCUGACAACACCUGCUCCCAGAGUCGUUCAUCCUGGCACCCAACAGACUGACGGAACUCGACAAGCCCCAGUAGGUUCCCCAGGUCCCUACUGCCGAUCACUGCUGCUUGUGUCCAGCAUACCUAAUGUCGCUGGUUCAGGCCGCAGUACAUCUUUGCCCAGAGAGAAUGGCCCAUCUCUGACGGAUGGCAUAGCCGCCCUCUCCCCGGACUCCCAAGUGGAGGGUGUGACAGCUAUAGCGGAGAUCCUCAGGGCCCUCUGGAAUGGAGUGAGUGUGCUGAACCCCGCAGAGGUGGGGUGCUCUGGAGAAAAGGAGCCCGCCGUCUCCAUGUCGUUUGCCGUAGGGCAACCUGCGUCCUCAUUGUCACUUGAAGUCUGACAACAUGAUGCUUCUCUGGGAUUUACUGUGAUCCCCCUGUUCACCAAAACAUGCUCCCCAAAGCUCUCCAGCACAGAAGAACAGGCUUCACUCCUAGUUCUAUGGUUGUCAGAGUGCUGGACCACAGUAGAGGUCGGACUUUGCUUUGGUUUUAUUGGAAGUCUGCACACAAUACAGAUGUUUCCUACUGUCCUUCGUUCCAAUUAAAUGUGGAAACGUUUUGUCAGCUGGCUGGACAAGACCCUACUGCCUCUUUUAAUAGUACACAUAGUAGUGAGCAGUGGUGACGUAAUGGUUAGGGAAGCGCACUCGUGAUUGAAAGACACUGCAUCUACAGUAUCUGGCCCAGGAGAGCCAGCCAUUGCAGUCGUUACAUCCGCACUUAAGGCUCCCGGCCCAGAGGGCCGCUCAGGCCGCACCCACAGUGUCCAACACAGAUGAGGCCUUGGUUGCCUCUAGGCUUCUCAUAGAAUCUGACACGGUUCCCUGGUAACCAGCCGACACCUGCCACACUGCUCCAUAAUGUCCGGCCAGCGUCCACCUCUCUGUCCCCUGAUGCCUGGCCAGCACCCACGUCAAUGUCCCCAGACGUCCAGCCGGUGCCCACCUCAUCUCCUGACGGCCUGCUGGUGCCCACUUUCUAUCCUGAUGUCCCACCGGCACAUGCCUGCAGGCUGCCACCAGCCCAGAGAAGAUGGAUCCAGAGGAUGUCCUGCUAGAGUGCCCUGGGUCCUGAUACGUGGGUCCCUCCUUCAUCCCAGACUCUGGUUACUCUGGUCCCACUUUCUGGUCACCAGUAUCAACAGGAGCCCAAGAAAGCGGCAGGCAGAAUGUCUGUCUCCCAGAGAGGGUUUGCCAGUCUCUGUUCUUGCCCUGUAUGUCCCUUGUCAUCUUCAUGUUCCUCUCCUGUUGUCUCCUUGCUGCUCUACUGUUCUGCGGUUCUCUCAUCGCCCGCCAACCCCUCAUGUCCUCCUGCCCUGCUGGCCCUCCCAGACCCUCUAGU